UGCUUAGUCAGAGCCUGGAAAUGGAGAGUUUCACACCUGAGAACCGCAGGUGCUUCAGCUGGGAUGGGUGGAAAAAUGUACUGCUGCCACAGUUGAACAGACGAUCGCUAUAUGCCUACGGCAGUGAGGUGGCUGUGGAGAAGGAGUGCAUGAGACAGAGAGAGAGGGGCAUAUUCGUCAUCCAUCCCUUCAGUCGUUUAAGGAGUUACUACAUCAUGUGUAUGGUGGCCAUAACCUUUCUUAAUCUAAUUGGAAUCCCAAUGGAGAUUGCCUUUUUAGAUGGGCACAGUGGAGUAGGCUGGGAGGGUUUUAAUGUAUUCUCAGACACACUGUUCCUGAUUGACGUCGGUCUUAAUUUUCGCAUGGGUAUCAUUAAUGAGGAAAGUGAGGGAGCCAUUCUUGAUUUGAAAAGGAUUCGACAACGUUACUUAAGGGGCUGGUUUGUGCCUGAUAUGGUGGCAGCAUUCCCAGUUGGCUACAUACUACUUAUUGCGGACCUACAAUACCAUAGCGACUCUCCUUCAUCAAAGGCAAGCAAAAUGAUGCGCAUCCUGAUGUUUGUGAGAAUCCUCAGUCUUGUCCGCCUAUUGCGUGUGUCCCGGCUUGUUAGGUUUUUCAAUGAGGUGGAGAGGGUUUCCAAUGCCAACUUAGAGGUGGUGAGGGUAUUCCUAAGAAUCUUGUCUUUAUUUAUGAUGAUUUUCCUGCUGUGUCACUGGAAUGGCUGUAUUCAGUAUUUCGUACCUAUGCUUGAGGAGUUUCCCUCAGACUGCUGGGUUAGAAAAGAGAAUCUAAUGAAUGCCACAGUGGGAGAGAAGUAUUCUUUUGGAGUCUUUCGGGCGCUAUCUCAUAUGACUGCAAUAUCAUAUGGUUCCUCUGAAACACCAACAAGCAAGGAAUGA